CCUGCCACCCCAAGGUUUCAGAACCACCACAACACCUGCUCCUCCUCCUCCUCCUGCUCCCUCCUUCAACAGCUUCGUGUGCUGUUCCAGUUCCAGCGCUACUGAUCGAAGAAUCUGUUCACCCGGAUCGAUAUAGCUACGACUACGAGGAUGAUGAUGGACAGGCAGCAGCUCGUGAGGCAAUGCGACAUGGAGGUCAUGAAGAUGGCCAUGCUCAAGCACGAAGAAACCUUCAGGCAGCAGGUCCACGAGCUGCACCGCCUGUACCGCAUCCAGAGGGAGCUGAUGAGUGGUGACCUGACCCGAGACGCGCCGGAGCUGACCAUGUCCAUGACCACCCGGCGCCGGCGCAGCAAGCAGCCACGGCGGGCGCUGAACCUGCAGCUCCCAGCCGACGAGUACAUCGUCAGUGCCGACGAGGACGAGGACGCUGACGCCGCCGCCUGCACGGAGCUGGAGCUGACGCUGGCCAUCGGCGGGCGGCGGUGCUCGGCCGGCGGCAGCCGUCGCAAGAGCAACGGGAGGAGGCAACAACAAGCAGAGCAGCGCGACAACGCCGGCUCCGCCUCCCCGUUCGGGUCCGACUGCUCCGGCGCGAGCGUCCUGUCGUCGUCGCCGUCGCCGCCGUCGGCCGAGUACUACUCCGACGACGGGCCGGCGGUGUUCCACGCGCUGCCACCGCCACCGCCGUGCCAGAGGGCCGUGGCGUUUGACCUUGGAGGAGGCAUGAUGAUGAGGCAGCACGCGCCGUGGCUGCAGCAGUGCCAUCAGUACCUCAGCCUGAGGAUGACAUGAAAACCUGCAGCAAGCAGCUCACCGUCCAUGUCAAUCUAUGACAUUGUACCAGGUUGUGUGCCGCCGUCGUCCAACAAGUUCGCUCACGUCGGCACGCUUGAGCUCAAGGCGCGGAUCGUCAAGCGGCUGGGCCCCUCGCCUUUUGGGUCCGACUGCUCCGGCGCGAGCGUUCUGUCGUCACCGCCGCCAUCGUCGGCCAAGUACUACUCCGACGACUGGCCGGCGCCGGCGGUCUUCCACGCGCCGGCUUCUGCCUCUUUGUGGGGUGGCGGCCCGCCAUGGUCCAUGGAUACCUUUGGCUGCGUGAGGUUCUGGGCGAAACCUUAGCCCAAAUUUUUAGUGCAGACGAUGGCGAUGCUUCGGGUGCCGUAUACCUUUUUUUGAACGAAGGGUGCCGUAUACCUUCUUCGAGGCACCAUUCAACAUCGGAUUUUAGACAUAAGCAUCGCCUUAGAAGCCUCUAAACCUAGCGGCGAUAGCAUGUCGGGGGUGGUGAUACCCAUGGUCAUCAUACUUGUCGCUGAAGAAUGACCUACGGCUCGUCACGAAAGCACCUGUCAUCUGUGGUCUCUGUUGUGUCGUCGGCCACUGGUGGAGUCCCUUGCUGUACCUGUGUGCACCUUCUUUCUUCUCACAUUGGUUUGUCCUGCAGCACUUAACCUUGCUGUCGUUCGUCUGGCUUUUGUAGCGGAUACUCUGCUACUAUCAUUCUUUAGCGGAUACUUUGCCACUGUUAUUAUUGGUCUUCUUUUUGAUAAAUGCUUGCUUUCACCACUAGUUUAUUUGGUGGUUUGAUA